ACAGUCGGUAUGAAUCUGCUGCAUACGGUUGUCUUCGUUCUGGCAACAAGCCUUAUAAUACAGGAUGUCAAGUCCGAUUGCAGUUUGGAAACAUCCUCGCCACGGCCACUACUAGUGACAACGUUUGGAAGCAAGCAUUUUUCUUCUUCUGCUCCAGAAAAUAUAAUGAACAGUGAUGGCGAAGCAUUUCGGUUACACUGCCCCAAAGGGUUUAUGUGGAAAAGUCCAUAUAACGGCUAUAGAGAGGACGAAAGAUAUUUUGGAAAUACAAAUUUAGAUCUCCGAUGUGAAUCAGGCAAUUGGUAUUGGCCGGAUGAUCAAAUUUUUGUAGGAGUUACUGUUAAAUGCGCAUGCUCCCACUCAAGUGCAAUUUUUGAGAGCCGUACAAGUUUGCCGGAUUGCGAAAAUUAUAUGACGCUCAUAUUGGGCCAUCAAUUGAACGAAACGGGUAGUUUAAAGACGAUGGCAAUGUGCUAUGACCCUCUUGGACUUCAGUUGAAAUAUGUCAGCUAUUUGGCGUAUCCAAUGAAAAUCAGGAUGCUCGAAGAGGUAUUGUUGCAGAGACAAGGCGGGGACUUGAACUUACUGGGAUUGGACAUUGGCGUCGACUACACAAAGAGCUUCUUUAAGCAGCUAAGUACCGUUAAUGUGAGCGAAGUAUUGCGCAAGGAUACGCAACUGGCAGAGCUCCUCAGCGCAGAUACUUUCGAGUACGCCAGCUUGAUUCAGGACAAGAUAUUUGCCAAUGAACUAGUUGGCUAUGAGGAUAUGUUUAAUAUUGUUUGGCUGCGAGCUCUGCGCAAGGGCAUCUGGAUGCAUUGGCUUAAUGAUUUGCGGAUAGCCAGUACCGGCGAAAAUGCUCGUAAGUUCAAUGUUCGAUUGGGUGUGUCGGGUGUAGCCACAGUGCCACUGAUGGAUAAGUGUAAUUAUACACGACCGCUGAGCAUCGAGACAUCCGACGGCAACACACUCUCAGUGCCGGCGCAGAUUUGGGCGCAUGUGCGAACACUGCCCCCGGACCAUGGCCGGAAUGAUACAAAAUCAUCAAAGGAGUUCGUCAUUGUGGCCCACAAUUCGCCGUUUUUCAAAGCCGAGGAUUUAAAUAGUUUCUGCACGUCAAUGUGCAACGAGAUUCCUUGGUUGCGAAACAGUUUUGUUGGCCGGCUGCAGCAAUACCCCAUUUACGGUUUGAUGCAGUGUUGUCCAAUAGAGGACGUCGCCAACAAGUUGGACAAUCUUCCCAAGCCUGCUGCAAGAGGAGGAACCACAAUAGCCACAACGGCACCAGAACCGAAUAGACUCCUUUCCUUUUCUUUUUCUUUAGAUGAGAAUGAGCUUGAGGAUGAGUAUUUGGAAAAUAUUGGACCAGAACGUCCUCGUCUAUUUGACAUUUAAAACUACAAAAAAAAAACUCUAAUUUAUGGGUACUUUGAAAAUUCGGAAAAUUCGGCAACAUACGGCUAUUAAAAUGAACUUAUCUAUAUCGCUAUGCUAUGUUGAUUAGAAACAUACCUUUAUACCUAUGCAUAUAUUGUAAUUGUAUGGUUUGCUAAUAAAUAAUCACGUACCAUCUCAUUGAAUUAAA